AUGGAUGCCGACGAGACAGUCUGGGACACGACGAUGAUUCGAGGCAGGAACGUCUCCCAGCUGGAUAAAAGUGCUCUUCAUGCCGGAAUUUAUCGCAUACAGCUUCUUUACGACAUUGAAAAAAAUACAUGCUGCGUGUGGUAUUGCCAGUCCGUUGCUGGGUCAAUGGAACAGACAACCACAGUAGGCAUCGGUGGCUUGAAAUGGGGGAAAAGGAGAUUUGAAAAAUUAUUCCAGGUUGCAACUUCUCUUUCGUGGGAAAAUCGACGCUCUCUACCAGGUCAAAAUGGUUGGAUAUUCAUUCAAUCUCCCUCCGAGUACGAAAAAACAACGUCGAAUUCUGUUCAACAGCCAAUCCCUACCACAGCUCAAGGUGUGCUUCGAUUUCUCUUCAGCGAGAGGAAAAGAGAAAUUUAUCAACGUCUCAUCAACUUGUUCUCAGGGCCUCGACUCAAAAAACCACAAUAUCAAAUCAGAAGGCACACAUUACAAACGGCGAUUGCCAUCCUUGAAAGGAUACUCCGGAUUUUAGCCGAGGGCACGGGGUCUAACUUGAAAGCAAAUGAGAAAGAAAGCUCUAAAAAGACUGAGUUUGGGCUCGAAUUCUUAUGGCUUUUCUAUCUUGAUCUUCUGAGAGUCGACCAGAUCGAUCAGACAUCGAACUCUGAUCAAUAUGGCCCAUGGAGAAUUGAUUCUACAUCCCUUGGUUUCGGGUGUAUAACCAUGGAUUCUGUUCUGAGGGAACUUCAGGAUUUACGUUUCAUAUUGAAUUUGAACACUAUCAAUAGAAUAAUCAAACAAGACUCACAACUCAUGGAUGAGGCACUAAUGCAACGGGCCUUUCGCACUUUAGGUCUUGAGAAAAUGAAACUAGGUAUCCACAGUCUCUUGUCAACUUUUGAGAUGGCCGCGCUCAUUAUCUCAAUAGUUCAGGUUCACUCUCCGGAGUACAGCGCAUUAACAGAGUAUCUCAAUGGAUCUAUCGGGUCAACACACCGCUUGAAAUACAUGGUCCAUAGUAUUUUCCGUAUUCGCCGUCCUGGAGAAGAGGAGAGAUUUGACAGGGAAGAAGCAAGAGAUCGUCGACUUCUAUGGCAUGGGACCAGCAGUGACAAUAUCAUUGGAAUACUGAACCAGGGGCUCCGAGCACAUUUAUUUAACAAGAGCAAAAAUGCCAUGUUUGGCGCGGGUAUCUAUUUCGCGGACAUGUCGAGCAAAUCUGCAAGAUACUGUGCAUCUAGCGGCCCGGCAUUUUUACUGCUUUGCGAAGUCGAACUUGGCUCUUCUCACAUUAUCCGCACAAGUAGCGAUCGCGAUGUGGCUGAAGAAAAAACAACUGUUAUUGCCCACGGACAACUUCAGCAUCGCCAACUGAGAUCGGCGCAGUAUAUUCACCACAAGCUCAAGGAUGUGUUGAUGCCCGACAUUCAAGCUGGAAAAACGUAUGCUCAAGAACAUAAACUCUUUUACAAUGAAUACAUCGUUUACGACCCUUGUCAAAUCCGACAGCGGUACCUGUUUCAUAUGGACAUCUACUGA